AUGCAUCUAGGUGCUCAGAUGUUCGAGGUGGCGAUUAAUGACGACAGCAUGUUACUGUCGGAGAAUCUUUUCUCUAUAAUUGAAGAGUGCGCUGCGUCUUGUAAACAGAUCAUACCUACGGACUCAAGAACAGGGUUAUCGCUGCAAGCAGACUCCCGACGGUUCGACGACUUGGCCGACCAUUUCCAUCUACGAAUAAUUCUUGAAUGGCAAGUUCUACAGUCCCGCCUCCGCUGUUUGCUACUGAUCAGAAAACUUAUCAUAUAUUUGAUCAUGAACAAAAUUCGCUCUUUUUUCGGGAUCAACGCCGUCCGGCAUUUUCACAUAAUGCUGGGAUGUCUCUCAGCAGCGACGGAAGAACGAAUUCGUUCCCGCCACAUCCUCGGAUCCAAAGUGUAUUCUCUGGCCUUGUCUUCCUCCGACAAAAUCAGUUCUGGUAUUCGCGAUUUAUCUACUGAAGAUGUAGCACGUUGCAACCCUUAUCUCGCCUACUCUCGGUGGGUGCCUUCGUGCCUCCAGCAGCUUGUCAAACUAUUCACUCGGGCCGAUCCGGAGCUGGCAGAGAAAGCGUCGCUUUCCUUGAAAAUUUUUACCAUGACUCUAGAAAUAUUUGCAGAAUCUUCAGGCCUUGGCCAAUUGGUUCUGAGUAUGUUGCAGCCGGCUUUCCAUCGCGGUUUUGGGCUAUUCAAUGAAGUCAUGGACUAAUUAGCAGUGUAUGGUUUCGUUUCGGCGGUAUGAACAGAAAUUAACAGAUGUCAAGGCAGCAAAUGACAAACUGGGCGAUGAUGGCCAUUGGAUCGCGACACGAAUCUUGUGCUUUCCAAGCCAUGUUGACGCCUCUUUUCUGAAAGAAGCGACAUCGCUCAGUCGUGCAGAAACUCGAAUGGAUGAAACACCUGCUUUUCAUCAGACGGUGGAACAUCAUUGUACUUACUUGGCUACAUCAUCCGGUGUGAAAUUAAGCACAGAAGGGGACUAUCUUCUACAGGAUGACAUAGAUAGUUUUGACUACAUCAUCCAAGAUGCAAACUGGAUGUGGUCGGAGGGCUUUACUACAUAUUUACUGUCGACACCGCCCCGGCCUGGUUUCGAAAAAUAUUUAAGUUAAAGUCUCUGAGAAGAACAUUAUCUAGAGAACUGAUGGU